AGGACUCUUUUACCAGACGGACAGGCAAAGAGGGCACUUCCUGUGGUGAUACCAUGGCAACGUGUCAACAACUGAGAAGCGAAGCAUUACCUGGCCUGUAAACUAGCUUCAGGAUGCCUGUCUACAUGAGAAAAAGCUUGCUGCAGAUCCCCUCCCCGUCCGAGGAGGCUUGCAGUGUGGAUGAGGAGGAGGCUUUUUUGAAGGACCCUGAACAGAUUCAGGAUGAGCUGCCCCAGCCUUUUCGGAUGAUCAGCAAGCUGAUAAACACAUUGAUCGACGAUGCAUGGAGCUCUAUCCAGAACAGAGCACAAAUCAAGCUUGCACAACAACUAAAGAAACAGUCACCAGUCUUAGAAGCAACAGGUCAAAUCCAGAUUUCUGGAAAGACCAACUGCCUGGCGAGCUCAGAUGAUGGUGAAUAUGUCUUUGCUGGGGUUUCUAAAGGACUUUGUGUAUUCAGUGCUUUAACUAACUUAGCUGUUUCCGCUUGGGAAGAGGAAGAUGUGGAGGUCACUUCUCUUUGUGUUACUUGUCUUGGAGGGCAAAUGUAUCUCAUUGCGACUGUGGAUGACAUGGGUAUUGCACGUCUCUUAGUUCAUUUUUCUAAUUUCAUCACAUUAAUCAAAGUCAUCAAUGAACCUGAAGAUUUAAGUAGAAGAAACCUCUGUACCAAGUUUGAGCUGUCAAGAGGAGGGGAUUUUGCAGGUGUAAUGUUGGAAGGCAAUGGGGAGUCUUGGCUGGAGGUCUACCGCUUUCCUAAAGAUUCCUGGCUUCGGGAGCUUGAGCUCGCGCAGACAACAUCACAAAAACAGCAAACUGCUGAUUCUCAAGAUGGCGUUUUGACAGAAACGGUACCUCAUAUUAGCAGUGUUGGAGAUUUGAAACUGUCCCCUUCAGUGAUUAUAAUGAAAAUCAAGCCACCAAAAUCCAUUUCAGGGACUUCUUUGAAAAGUCCAUUUGAAGUCUUACAAAAGACCGAGGAUGGCAACGUCAUUGGCUCAGGCCAAAACCAUAUGAUCAGCUCACGCCAGUGGGAAGAACAAGAAACCAUAUUUCAAAGUGUGUACAAGAAGUAUCUUGAUACAGUUGAAUCGAUGAAAACAGAAGAUAAACCAUGUGAAGGUACAUUUGACUUUCUGCUACCUGGAGGGUUGUUGCCAAUGUUCGGGGAAGUGAAAGGCCCGACAGGUGUGCCUGUUGCUAUAAGUCUGUGGUGGAGUGGAAAUCAUGAUCUUCUAAAGUAUCUACUUGUUAGGCCUACAAAAGACAAAAACGACAAAACAGAGGUUGAGCCCAAACCUGAUGUUGUGUGGCCCAAUGCACGUCCAAUUCUCUGUUCGGCGGUCAGCAGGUGCACCAAGUAUAUAGCUCUUGGGCUCACCGAAGGCUUGCUGACUGUAUGGGAUGCAUAUUUAGGUCUUCCCUUGUCAGUGCUUUCAAUCCCCAGGGACAGUGAUAUAAGACAUGUGCAGUUUAUGGAACCCCACACUGUCAAUAAAGAUAAUGUCACAUGUAGCACGUUCCAAGUGAACCCCAAAACUCAGGUCUUGGUAUCUUGCAAAGAUGGGGCAUCCCAUGUGGUUGUGUCAGUAAGAGGCAGAGACACCACUGUUACAAGGUUAACUGAAAGGUCUGAAGAUCAAAGUUCCCUCCCCAGUGCAAUACAAUCCAUACCUUUUCAACCCAAUUUGGUCCUUUUCAUGUCCAGGAACGGCACCAUAGCGCUCAUGGACAGCACUGACGGGGCCCUCAUCUGUAAUUUCGGGCUCCCAGCUUUACAUGCCUUGGCUACUCCAUGGGACCCAGUCUUUCUGCUGGACCCAGAGAGACAGUCCCUGUUCAUAAGAGGGGAUAUGAAACUGUCUCCUGAUGAGUUGUUGGAAGGGAAGGAAGCUGCCAGUUCACUUUUCAUUUUCAAUUUCAAUCAGUUUUCAUUCAUGGAAUCGUAUAGAGACACACAAACGAGCGUCCAGGCUGCCAAGCAUCCCGGAACAUGGGAGGAGAGAUGUGAGCUAUACUUACAAGAUAGGCUGCAUUCUCUGGGGGACAGGAAUAAAGCAAUGGCAGAGUGCUGGAACCAGCUCCAGCAGCAUGCAGCUUCGGUCAGGCAGAGGCAAGAGAAACACUUGAAUCGGACAGCAGUUACCCAAAGGUCUCAGGUCUCCUUUUAACAUUGUGGGGUCUAUUCAGUGGAUCUAAACAGUGUCAGAACUAAACACGGCUGUUGUUUGAUUCAUUAAAACAGGACCCUGGAUGUUUUAAAUAUGGUCAUGGUCACAGAAGUGAACACCUGUCACAUUGUAUACCCUUGCAAGCCUGUGCUGGCUGACAAGAGAAAAUGAAUCUCAGUAGCAGACCUUGUUGAACAAGUUUGAAUACUUGAAUACCUUUUUAAAAUGUAUACCUUUUUAAAAUGUAUAGCUUGUGUAAGUAUGCCCCUUUGAGAAUCUAUGUAGAUACCUCCUGCUGAAAGAAGGGAAGCAUUACAGCAGACUUUAAUCAGGCAGAUGUGCCAAGGAUUGCAAUAUAAAAUAUGUCUAUCAGCAGGGAUUUGUAGACUGAUCAAUAUUCCAGUGCACCUCUAAUCCUCUGCGGAAAGGUCAUUGCAGAAUCCCGUCAAGCACAUUUCUAAUUGUGAGCUUCUCAGCAAACUGCCAACCAUUAUCAUAAUGCAGCAUGCAGACUGCCCAAGAUAAAUAGGAUG